GUCUUGUCUGUUUCUGAUCAUUGGGUUUCCUGUUUUAGCUGCUCCCCCAGACCAGAAGGAUUAACCUUUAAGCUUCCUUCCUUUUUCUCACGAUGAAGCUCCGUCAUUAUUAGUUCACUAAUCCUGAACAACCCGAAGAAGAGAGGGACAGAGUGGAGCCGGUUGGUCCGUUUUGUUCCUCUUUGAUGUAUACUAGGAUGUAGUGUGACCCAACGAUUAUUUGUCAGGUCGGUCGAUCUAGUUCUUCGAUCGCCCUUGUCUUUGUUCCUCCUCGCGUUUGUGAUCGUGGCCGCGGUCGUCCUCUUGAAAGACGAGGGAAUCUGAGGGGCUUAUGUUUAUGGGUGGUGUUAGAGGUCUGGUGUGUGGGUGGACCUGGGAGGAGAACAAGCUGUUCGAGCUGGCUCUGGCGAUUGUGGAUGAGGGGGAUCCUAACCGCUGGGAGGCAGUUGCUGCCAUCAUCGGAGGGGAGAAGAGUGCCGAGGAAGUUCACAGACACUACACGGUCCUCGUGGAGGAUUUGCAGUUCAUAGAGGGUGGCUUCAUGGACAAUGAGCUGGAGUUGGAAGAUGAUCAUAAUCAGAAAUCACUUCUUCAAGUUGACUGCUCACAAUCAAUUUACUGGACUGAUGAAGAUCACAGUUUGCUCGUUCAACUCGACAUUACUUGAUUAGUGCAUCCUAAUGGACAUUCCUCAAAGUUGCAGCCUCUUCUUGUUGGACUGCAGAAGUAGUCGAAGCGGAGCAGGAUUCAGGACGAUUGCUUCCGUUAGUUAUAGUUUACGAAUAGGCACGCUCUUCUAUUAGUUUCUAGAGCUGUGAAAAUGCUAGUGGAAAAGGUUCUCUUCUGUAGUAAUGUGCUUCAAACAUUGUUUUCUCCGACUGAUCGAGUUAUACAGUAAUAUGAAUGGCUGUCUAUUUGUUCAUUGUCUUUA